GGACGGGGAAAAUAGUCUCUCUUCACAGACACAAUAAAGUUUGGAGCUGGACGCUUGCAGGCAGUAGGCGCAAAACCAGAGCCGCUCUGUGCCGUCGCUGCGCUGCGCUUUCCCCCCCACACUGAGUUAUAUUAACGGGAAACAAACCAAGAGAGGACUUCAGGAUUUAUCAAAAUGAUUUCUUUUAACUGAAAACACGCGCUUCCGAUUACGCACAGGUCUGGCAAUGCUUCACCGCUGCUGAUUUCUGGAUAUUUGAAUCUCCUGAAUGGCUCAGAGUUGGAUACUGUAGCCUCCGAGAACGCACGGACUACACGCGCUCCUGGACUACAAACGCGUCCUGCUGGGGGUCUCCAAGGCGACCUAAUCUGUAUUUUUAAGGAGGUAACCGCUGUACCAACAAGUUGACAAGAGGGCAGCGCCAGGGUGACCAUGCCCGGGAUGAUGGUGUCAGCCUUGCUCCUCCUGUCCGGAUUGGUGGGUCCGCUGUGCGUGGCGGUGGUGACGGCGUUCGGCGACGAGGUGGAGGAGAUGACCUGCGACCCGAUCCGGAUCAGCAUGUGCCAGGGUCUGGGCUACAACGUCACCAAGAUGCCCAACCUGGUGGGCAACGUGCUGCAGUCGGACGCGGAGCUGCAGCUGACCACGUUCACGCCGCUCAUCCAGUACGGCUGCUCCAGCCAGCUCAAGUUCUUCCUAUGCUCAGUUUAUGUGCCAAUGUGCACAGACAAGGUUCCCAUCCCCAUCGGUCCGUGUGGCAGCAUGUGUCUGUCUGUCAAGAGAAAAUGCCUCCCUGUGCUCAAUGAGUUUGGCUUCAUCUGGCCUGAGGUGCUUAACUGCAGCCUUUUCCCUCCUCAAAACGACCACAACCACAUGUGUAUGGAGGGUCCGGGGGACGAGGACACGCCUUACCCGCAAGUCCGCCAUCCUCCCCACCAGGAGGAGUGUCAGGCUCUGGGAUCUGCACCGGACCAGUACACCUGGUUUAAACAGACUGAGAGCUGCACUCUGCAGUGUGGUUAUGACAGCGGGCUGUACCGGCGAGGAGCCAAAGUCUUCACAGAUGCAUGGAUGGCGGUUUGGGCUGUGCUGUGCUUCCUGUCAACCACUCUGACAGUCCUGACCUUUCUCUUGGACUCACAGCGUUUCUCCUACCCUGAGAGGCCCAUCAUCUUUCUCUCCAUGUGCUGCAAUCUGUACAGCGUUGCCUACCUGGUACGACUCACUCUAGGGAGGGAACGUGUUUCCUGUGACCUGGAUGCAGCAGCGGUGCCAAUUCUGGUACAAGAAGGAUUAAAGAGCACCGGCUGUGCUAUAGUGUUCCUUCUCCUCUAUUUCUUUGGAAUGGCCUCUUCACUCUGGUGGGUGAUCCUGACUCUCACCUGGUUCCUGGCUGCUGGACUGAAGUGGGGUCAUGAGGCUAUUGAAAUGCACAGCUCCUACUUCCACAUAGCAGCCUGGGCCAUCCCAGCUGUUAAAACCAUCGUCAUCCUCAUCAUGAGGCUGGUGGAUGCAGACGACCUGACUGGACUGUGCUAUGUUGGCAACCAGCAGCAGGAGGCCCUCACAGGCUUUGUGGUGGCACCUCUGGCCACAUACCUUCUCAUAGGCACCCUGUUCAUCUGUGCAGGCCUUGUGGCUCUUUUCAAGAUCCGCUCCAAUCUGCAGAAGGACGGCGCCAAAACAGACAAGCUGGAGCGUUUAAUGGUGAAGAUCGGAGUGUUUUCCGUUCUUUACACUGUCCCAGCAUCCACUGUCAUUGGCUGUUACUUCUACCAGCUCUCUCACUGGGGGGAGUUCAGGGCCAGCACCCGGGACUCAUAUGUGGCAUCAGAGAUGCUUCGAAUCUUCAUGUCACUGCUUGUUGGCAUCACAUCAGGCAUGUGGAUCUGGUCAGCAAAAACCCUCCACACAUGGCAGCGCUGCACUGCCCGCCUGCUCAGAGACAGCAAGGCCAGCCGGGGUGGCAAGAGAGCGCCGGGCGAGGGUUGGAUCAAACCAGGGAAAGGCAAUGAGACAGUGGUCUGAGGUGAAAGAAAGAGAGAAUAGACAGGAAUGAAGUUCUGCGAGCUUCUCUCUCGUUCACACUCACUCUGCCAAACGGAGGAUGGAGGUCAGAGAUUCGAGAGAUGAGAGGGAGAUUAAAAAAAAGUGACACAGGACUUUCUCAAAGAAGCCACUGGAUGUAAUAGCUCCCUGACAGUCCCUGACUCUGCCCCUAACAGGGUUAAGAAGGAGAAAAGAGGAGGACUAAGUCGUUCAGUAGUAGCAGCAGUAGCCUCUCUACCUCUGUUAGACUUCCUUUGCCCGGAGAGGUGGAGAAUGCAACAAAAAAAAAAAAAAGACAAAAAAGAGAGACGGAAAAGGCAGAACAGACGCAUCAAUAUGCAGACCGGACACACCAAUAAGCUGCAUGGCACCAUGUCUACCUCUGUCUCUCUUUUCUCCAGAGCCCUCAGCAGAAGACACUGAACCUUCUGGAUACAGUUUAACUGGCUAACUAACCCUGAGCCUUUGGGUCCUUUAAGGGUCUUUUGAAGUUUUAAAUGCAAACACUGGAGCAGAUGUCAUACAGGAGUAGGCUGAAGUUUCCCAAAAGUAUUGGACACCUUGAGAACCCUUCCACAGUGAGAUUAGACAAUGCAUAAUCCGACUAAUGGUACGUGUCCUCAGGGGCGUUUUUGGACGUGAAGGGUUGCGAGGGACGCACUUGACUUCUAUAAAGUAGUCUAGACUUCAACUUUAUGGAAAUAAGAACCAGCAAACUUGACACUGUCUAUUAAAAUGCAACAUGACGCUACUAGAAUGCAUUGCACAGCUGCUCACAUAGGAAAUGACAGAUCCUGUGGACACGUACCAUAAGUGUAAGGAAAAUCUGAACUAUUGCCAUAUAUCUGCAGUUUCUUUACAAUUGAACAACAUUUUUAUGUAUUUUUGGGAAUAGUACCUUUUGUACAAUACAAAACAGGAGGUCAGAUUUUUUCGGGAAACCAGCUCUAAGCUGUAAUAAUGCACUAUAGUUAUAUGAUAUGUGAAGGGUUGAGACAGCAGUGGCAGGACUGAUAACAAAUCAGUAUACAGCACAGUAAUACGCACAGCCAUUAACAGGGAAAGUUUGGUCAGUUGUCAUUAUGAAUACUACAGGAAAUUGAUUUUGUAGUCUUCAAACAUGUAAAAAUCAGUCGCACUCUUAUUGUGAUGACAACACAAUGAGAGAUUAUGUGUGAGGUAGUCAAACUAUGCUAUGAAUCCCAGGAGUACCAGCUGUGCCUUUUAUUGCUGCACAUUUGGAAGCACUGAGGCAUCUGGGAAAUGUAGGCCUUCAGUAGUCAAUGAGAAGCUCAGCUAAUUUCAAUUGUGUGCAGUCUUCCUGGAAACCCAGAAGUGUACAUGCUGUUGAGUUACCAUGAAAUCCAGGAAACUGAGUUAUUCCCUCUGCUCUUUUCCAAACAUUGGAACCACGGCAGGUUAAAAAAUUAGACGUUUUUAGACAAUCAGUUGCCAAAGCACACAUUUUGCAAAAGCAAAGGGCCGCCACAGCUUGUGCACAUACACAGUAGUCCGUAAAGGUUUUAGGGUCUAAGUAUAACGAGGUUUCAAAAUGAUGCCACCAAUAGUUGUUCUGUCUUUAUUUAACUUGUUAAGAAGUGCAGUAAACAGCAAAAAAUAAAAUCAAUAUUUGGUGUGGUCACCAUUUGCUGUAAAAAGUUAUUUUUACAGCAAAUGGUUCUCCUAAGUCUAUUUGUUUUUUGAGGCACUGCUCAGGUUUUUGCAACCUUCUUGGAGAACUUGCUACAUGUCUUCUGUGGAUUUAUUCCAUCUCCAUUGCUUCUAUCUCUUCGUAUUACACUAAACUGAGUGCAUGAUGUUGAGAUCACUUUUUGUCACUGAAAAUACUUCUUUAUGAUUCAAGUUGUAUGUUUUGAGCUGCUGUCAUGCUACAUAAUGGAUUUGGAACAGAUACUGGAACCUGAUAUUAUGUGAUGGAUAAGAACAUCUGAAGUGCCUGAAACUUUUGCAAAGUACUAUACAUGCAUACACAGACAGAGGAAACAGUUGUGAUCAGUAUCAGCGGUAAAAGAAACAAUAACAACAGAGCAUAUCUGUUGAUUUUUGUCAGUCUGUGUGCGUGUAUUUUUGUCCACAAACCAUCACAGAAGCAGCACAAUGAAACUAGUCUAUUAAUGUGUAGCUGAUGCUCUCAUUUAUCCCCUGCCAUCCUUGGUCUUUUCAGCCUCAUCUAAUACAUCACGGCUCAUUUCCCAGACAAUCAAGCCCUCCGUGGAACAGAUUUAUGUACAUUACACUUCAAAAUUUCAUGAAUGCUGGGGACGAGAGCUCCCUUUAUUGUCUCUAGCAUUGCAUUUUAACAGAAGACCUUUCCCACCACUUCAGUGUUGCAGUUCCUCUCAGUAACUGUAAGCUUUAAAUACAAGAAGUUCCCGGUCCUGUCCUAUCCUGCCAAAUAAGGAUAGGACACACAAUAUUCACCAAAUUCUGCUCCUGUGUACCGAAUAUUUGCCUGACAAUCUAUCCAGCAAAGUUCUUGCGUUUCAGUGAGUCUUUGUAUGUAUAUUACAUGUGAUGUGUGUCACAAUGCGCCUUCUGUAUUUCAGUAGAAUAAGGAAUAAUCUCAUUUUGAAAAACUGAAAUGUAGAGCUUGAAUAAUUCGGAGCCUUGUCCUCCUGUGUGUCAUCUGUAACCAGGUAGUGCCUCAUACAGCCUGUCACAAAAAAAAAAAAAAAUCACUGUGAGGUUGUAUUUUCCCUAAAAUAUGUUAAACUGUUUCUGCAUUCAGAGGUGCUCUUGGUGGUUCUGGUGAAACCUAGAACCCUGAAAAAAACUGUUUCUCAAACCGGCAUACGUUGGCACACGUAUUAAAUUUCCAAAGUCAAACAAACAUUACAUCCACUUUAAGUGAAUUAAAUUAACCUCUGACCACCUCCCCUCUGAGCUAAUGCAGUUUUCCCCUCAAACUGUCUUAAUGUUUUGGCUGUCUCCUCUCAUAUGACCACACUGAGCUUCAGGUGUCAUUUCCAAAAAAAAAAAAUCACAGAAUGUGCCUUGAAACACAGCAAGUGUGCGCCACGCCUACAAACUGAGGACCACUGGUGAUGCAGAUUUUGUAAAAUGCUUUUUGAGAAACCCAGAUUUGAAUCACUGCCGGGAUCAGUUCACCAACACUGAUCGUAGCCUUUAAGGUCUAGACUCCUCCCUCGUUUAGAAAACUGAUUGUUUUGACAAUGUCAUCAAUGUAUUAUAAAGAGAUUGCUAAUUUAUCCGUGUAAAGAAAAAACGUGACAAAAAAAUGUAAAACUUGUUUGUUAUUUAAAAAACACUUUUGUAUCAGAAGAAGAUGAAUAAAAACUUUUUGGUUUCCAA